CCGCGCGCGCGCAUGCGCAAGCCCGAGAGUGAGCCGCGUCGGUUCAGUGAGGCCGCCCACAGAAGCAGUCUGUGCCCUGGAAUUCUGAGGCUGCCUCUCAAAAGAACCGUGCAGCCAGAAAACCGGGAAAUAACAGCAUGACGUUGCCAUGACCAGAGAGCCGACCUCGGCGUUUCCUGUCCUGCCCAUACCUGGGGGCUCCUCCUUGGCGUGGCGGGCAAUCGGUUGCUAGCGGCGACGACUCCCUCGCUGGGUUGCGAGGCACUUACAGGUAUGCAGAAAUGACUGAGCUUGAGCAGGCAGAGGCCCAGCUCUCUGAGUUAGAGCUGCUGGCCAGCAUGUUCCCCAGUGAGAAGGAGUUCGUAGUGAAUGACCAGCUGGCUUUAGCCGAGCUGAAAGAUUGUGUUGAAAAGAAGACCACAGAGGGGCGAUCCUCAAAAAUUUACUUUACUGUCAAUAUCAACCUGGACGUGUCUGAGGAAGCAAUGGUGACGUUUUCACUGGCCUGUGUUCUUCCUUUCAAAUACCCUGCAGUUCUGCCUGAAAUUACCGUCAGAUCGGUAUUUUUAAGUAGAUCCCAGCAGACUCAGCUGAACACAGAUCUGCACGCAUACCUGCAAAAGAACUGUUGCGGAGAUGUCUGUAUACUGAAUGCCACAGACUGGGUCAGAGAACAUGCCUCUGGCUACGUCAGCAGAGACGCCACAUCUUCCACCACCACAGGAAGUACAGCCCAGCCACUCGACCUCAUUCUCACGCGGCUCUGGAUCUAUAGCCAUCACAUCUACAACAAAUGCAAAAGGAAGAAUAUUCUAGAAUGGGCAAAGGAGCUUUCCCUGUCUGGGUUUAGCAUGCCAGGGAAGCCUGGCGUUGUUUGUGUGGAAGGCCCACAAAGUGCCUGUGAAGAGUUCUGGUCGAGACUCAGAAAAUUAAACUGGAAGAGAAUUUUAAUUCGCCAUCGAGAAGACAUUCCUUUUGAUGGCACAAGCGAUGAGCUGGAAAGACAAAGAAAGUUUUCCGUUUUUGAAGAGAAAGCGUUCAGUGCUGACGGAGCCAGAGGAAACCACAUGGACUUUGGUCAGCUGUAUCAGUUUUUAAAUGCCAGAGGAUGUGGGGGUGUUUUCCAGAUGCUCUUUGGUGUGGAAGGACAAUGACUGAACAGAGGAGUAGUUGAAAGUAUUUUGUCACUGUUGGCCAUUUGGUUUUUCCCAUCCUUUCUUGAAAGGUUAAGUCAUUUUAUUUUAGUCCCAUCCUAGAAAGUUAGGGAGAAGAAAAAAAAGAGGAAAAAGGAGAUCCUUGAAAUGCAUGUCUUAAAAAUACAUAAAAUGAUGAUGAGAAAGCAUGAUCAACAUGAUGGAAGGCAGAACUGAGUUUCAAGUUAUGAUCUUAAAAGUGUUGAUAGAAAUUUCGCAGCAUAUAAAGAACCCGUUAUAAAGAAGAAGUUAAUUAUACCUGAGAAGACAGUGUUGGUGGUCUACUUUAUCCCCAUUCCCAACCCCUUUCUCUCUUCCCUGUCUCUACUAAAGAACCUGGAAAAGCUAAAGCCCCACCCUCCAGCCUCAGUUAUGGUUUGGGGUGGCCUCAGCACAUAGCUUUGGCUAGGGGACUUCUGGGAAAGCCUUUGCUUUCCUGGUUGAACUGACAGAGGCAGCUAGACCACCUCUUCCCCUCUUUUCUGCCACAAACACCAAAGCGAUGGCUGGAGUUACAGCAGCACUUUCUUACAAAAGGGAAGGAAGGGCCAAGAGAGCCACAGAGAUGCCAACCCCACUGCAUUGCUGAGCUGCUGGUGCAACACCAGCCCUUGCCUAUCUCUAGAUGUUUUAUUAUGAAAUAAGACAAGUUUUGUUUAAAUUUCCAUGCCUGUUACUCCUUGCCAAAUUGAAAGCUAGUUUGCAGAUAGAGUUUUUUUCAAACCUUUAGUGUACAUCUACCUCCAGCCAUUUUAUGUGCAAGUAGGCGAAGUUUUUCCUAUAUGGUGUUUGCAGUCUCUCUAUUUUGUGGACAUAAGCAUCAUGCCGCUCGUGGGCUUGCCUCACAGGAAGCUGAGGCAAAGGUAGAACCCACCAUUCUUGACCAUCCAGCGAAUUGGUAAUUUAGAGAAUUCGUUUUCAGCAAGUCAGAUUUCAAUACAUUUUUCAUCCUGGAAAAUGACUUACUGUAAACUUGUUUUCAGCAAAUUGACCUCGAGUCAUAUAAACACAAAAACUGCUACCUGGUUUUUGAGGUUCAGUUCCAAAAGUAUUUAUUAAACACUUUCUAUUUGCUAGCACUCAGGCUGCUACCACAUGUUGAUGUUCCUUAAUGCGUGAGACUUGACUGAGGGAAAAGGAACUCACUCGUGUGUCUGCUUAGCUGUUGGUCAGCAAGGUGGCUUUACAUGUCUGGGGUGCUGGCUGGGACACCAUGAUUGUAGUCCGUAUGAUCUUUCAUCCUCCUACAGGCUAGCCACCUUGGUCACCUGGCAGAGGGGGAGGUCCAAAAGAGAUAGCAGAGCUCACCACACCUCGUGAAGCCUAGUCUUAGAACCAGCAUGCCAUCACUCUGCCAUGUUCUAUUGGUCAAGGCAAGUCACAAGGCCAGUCUGCAUUCAAGAGAUGGUAAAAUAGACUCCUUUUCUUGAUGUUAGGACCCAUAGUCACAUUGCAAAGGAUAAUAAAUACAAGAGGAGGUGUCAGAGUUGGGUUAUUUUGGCAACCGGUCUCCCACACUCAUGAAAUGCUUCAUUUGUUCCUUGACUUUUGCUGGCCGAAUUGCUGUUAGUGGAGCCAACGGACUAGUUCUAGCCAGUGAAAUAUGAGUACCUGAAGUUCCGCUUUGUAGCUGAGAGAGUGACAGGGCUAUCGGCAAUUGGCUGUCUUUUUCUGCUACAGCUGCUGUUCCAGAUGGUUCCGCCUCAAGAUGGUAUUGCCUUCAUCAGCCUGUGUCUCUGAAAAUGUGAGGCAAAGACCCCUGUCAAUCCAUGCUGGGCAUUUAGCCUGAGUGAGAAUUAAACUUUUGAUGUGGUAAACCAGGGGUCAGUAAACUAGAGCCCCCCCCAAUCCAUCCCACCCCUUUGUUUCUGUGUUAUAUAUGGCUGCUUUCACACUACAACUACAGAGCUGAGUAGUCUCCCCAGAGACUGCAUAGCCUGCCAAGCCGAAAACAAUUACCAUCUGUCCCCUUAUAGAAAAGGUUUUCAGACCCUGCCAGACGAUGACACGAUCUCCUGCGGUCUCAGUUGAGCCCCUGGGUGAUGUAAACAGUAACACACUUGGCUGCUAAACAAAAGGUUAGAGGCUUGAGUCCAUGCAGAGGCACCACACAGGAAAGCCCUGCUGAUCUGCUUCUGAAAAAAAUCAGCUGUUGAAAACCUUAUGGAGCACAGUUGUACUCUGACACAGUUUGGAGUCACCAUGAGUUGGACUUGACUCAGUGGCAACUGAGGGAGAAAAUGGCCUCCAUUGUUACCUACACAUUAAUGACUCCUAGAUUAUCUCUAAUCUGGAGUGAUACCUGAGUUCCAGACCGCCACAGAUAGCCUCCUGCCUUUUCAGUAGGGACAGUAGACAUCUUCACCUUAAGACCGAGAUGUGGGGUUGCGGGGAGUCAUGUUUUUGUAAAUUUUGCAGAAGUGAUAUCACUGUCUUUCCCCUCCAACACAUUUCCCCUUCAGUUGGGUGAUUCUGGAGGGGCCACAGACAGUUGUUUGUUUUUUUUUUUUUUAAAUUUUUAUUGUGCUUUAAGUGAAAGUUUACAAAUCAAGUCAGUAUCUCACACAAAAACCCAUAUUCACUUUGCAACACACUCCCAAUUACUCUCCCCAUAAUGAGACAGCCGGCUCUCUCCCUCCACUCUCUCUUUUCAUGUCCAUUUCGCCUGCUUCUAACCCGCUCCACCAUCUCAUCUUCCCACCAGGCAGGAGGCGCCAGCAAAGUCUCAAGUGUCCAUCUGAUCCAAGAAGCUCACUCCUCACCAGCACCCCUCUCCAACCCAUUGUCCAGUCCAAUCCAUGUCUGAAGAGUUGGCUUCGGGAAUGGUUCCUGUCCUGGGCCAACAGAAGGUCUGGGGCCGUGACCACCAGGGUCCUUCCAGUCUCAGUCAGACCAUUAAGUCUAGUCUUAUGAGAAUUUGGAGUCUGCAUCCCACUCCUCUCCUGCUCCUUCAGGGGUUCUCUGUUGUGUUCCCUGUCAGGGCAGUCAUCGGUUGUAGCCGGGCACCAUCUAGUUCUUCUGGUCUCAGGAUGAUGUAGUCUCUGGUUCAUGUGGCCCUUUCUAUCUCUUGGGCUCAUAACCGCCUUGUGUCCUUGGUGUUCUUCAUUCUCCUUUGAUCCAGGUGGGUUGAGACCAAUUGAUGCAUCUUAGAUGGCUGCUCGUUAGCGUUUAAGACCCCAGACACCACUCUUCAAAGUGGGAUGCAGAAUGUUUUCUUAAUAGAUUUUAUUAAGCCAGUUGACUUAGAUGUCCCCUGAAACCAUGGUCCCCAGACCCCUGCCCCUGCUACGCUGUCUUUCGAAGCAUUCAGUUUAUUCAGGAAACUUCUUUGCUUUUGGUUUAGUCCAAUUGUGCUGACCUCCCCUGUAUUGUGUGCUGUCAUUCCCUUCACCUAAAGUAGUUCUUAUCUACUGUCUAAUUAGUGAAUGCUCCUAUCCCACCCCACCCCAUAACCAGGAAAGAAUGUUUUCUUCUCAGUUUAAACUAUUUCUCAAGUUCUUAUAGUAGUGGUCUUAUACAAUAUUUGUCCUUUUGCAACUAAUUUCACUCAGCAUAAUGCCUUCCAGGUUCCUCCAUGUUAUGAAAUGUUUCACAGAUUCCUCACUGUUCUUUAUCGAUGCAUAGUAUUCCAUUGUGUGAAUAUACCAUAAUUUACUUAUCCAUUCAUCCGAUGAUGGACACCUUGGUUGCUUCCAUCUUUUUGCUAUUGUCAACGGUGCUGCAAUAAACAUGGGUGUGCAUAUAUAUGUUUAUGUAAAGGCUCUUAUUUCUCUAGAAUAUAUUCCGAGAAGUGGGAUUGCUGGAUCGUAUGGUAGUUGUAUUUCUAGCUUUUUAAGGAAACGCCAAAUCGAUUUCUAAAGUGGUUGUACCAUUUUACACUUCCACCAGCAGUGUAGAAGUGUUCCAGUCUCUCCACAGCCUCUCCAACAUUUAUUAUUUUGUGUUUUUUUGGAUUAACGCCAGCCUUGUUGGAGUGACAUGAAAUCUCAUUGUGGUUUUGAUCUGCAUUUCUCUAAUGGCUGAUGAUCGUGAACAUUUCCUCAUAUAUCUGUUAGCCACCUGAAUGUCUUCUUUAGUGAAAUGUUUGUUCAUAUCUUUUGCCCAUUUUUUAAUUGGGUUAUUUGUUUUUUGCAGUUGAGUUUUUGCAGUGUUAUGUGGAUUUUAGAGAUCAGGCACUGAUCAGAAAUGUCAUAGCUAAAAACUUUUUCCCAGUCUGUAGGUAGUCUUUUUAUUGUUUUGGUGAAGUCUUUGGAUGAGCAUAGGUGUUUGCUUUUUAGGAGCUCCCAGUUAUCUGGUUUUUCUUCUAUCUUCUUUAUAAUGUUUUGGAUACUGUUUAUGCCAUGUAUUAGGGCUCCUAAUGUUGUUCCUAUUUUUUUUUCCAUGACCUUAAUCAUUAUAGAUUUUAUAUUUAGGUCUUUGAUCCAUUUUGAGUUAGUUUUUAUGCAUGGAGUGCAGUAUGGGUCUUGUUUCCUUUUUUUGGAGAUGGAUAUCCAGUUAUGCCAGCACCAUUUAUUAAAAAGACUGUCUUUUCCCCAUUUAACUGUUUUGGGGCCUUUGUCAAAUAUCAACUGCUCAUAUGUGGAUGGAUUUAUGUCUGGAUUCUCAAUUCUGUUCCAUUGGUCCAUGUAUCUGUUGUUGUACCAGUACCAGGCUGUUAUGACUACUGUGGUGGUAUAAUAGGUUCUAAAAUCAGGUAAAGUAAGGCCUCCCUCUUUGUUCUUCUUUUUCAGUAAUGCCUUAUUUAUCCAGGACCUCUUUCCCUUCCAUAUGAAGUUGGUGAUUUGUUUCUCCAUCUCAUUAAAGAAUGUCCUUGGGAUUUGGAUCGGAAUUGCAUUAAAUGUAUAGAUCGCUUUUGGUAGAAUAGACAUUUUUAUAAUGUUAAGUCUUUCUAUCCAUGAGCAAGGUAUGUUCUUCUACUUAUGUAAGUCUCUUUUGGUUUCUUGCAGAAGUGUACUGUAGUUUUCUUUGUAUAAGUGCUUUCCAUCUCUGGUAAGACUUAUUCCUAAGUAUUUUAUUUUCUUGGGGGCUACUGUAGAUGGCAUUGAUUUGGUGAUUUCCUCUUCGAUGUUCUUUUUGUUGGUGUAGAGGAAUCCAACUGAUUUUUGAAUGUUUAUCUUGUAUCCUGAUAUUCUGCUGAGCUCUUCUAUUAGUUUCAGUAGUUUUCUGGAGGAUUCCUUAGGGUUUUCUGUGUAUGAGAUCAUGUCAUCUGCAAAUAGAGAUGCUUUUACUACUUUCUUGCCAAUCUGGAUGUGCUUUAUAUCUUUAUCUGGCCUAAUUGCUCCGGCUAGGACUUCUAGCACAAUGUUGAAUAAGAGUGGUGAUAAAGGGCAUCCUUGUCUGGUUCCCGAUCUCAGUGGGAAUGUUUUCAGGCUCUCUCCAUUUAGGGUGAUAUUGGCUGUUGGCUUUGUAUACACGCCCUUUAUUAUGUUGAGGAAUUUUCCUUUUAUUCCUAUUUUGCUGAGAGUUUUUAUCAUGAAUGAGUGCUGAACUUUGUCAAAUGCCUUUUCUGCAUCAAUUGAUAAAAUCAUGUGAUUCUUGUCUUUUGUUUUAUUUAUGUGGUGGAUUACAUUAAUUGUUUUUCUAAUGUUGAACCAUCCCUGCAUACCUGGUAUGAAUCCCACUUGGUCAUGGUGAAUAAUUUUUUUGAUACGUUGUUGAAUUCUAUCGGCUAGAAUUUUGUUGAGGAUUUUUGCAUCUACAUUCAUGAGGGAUGCAGGGUCUAUAAUUUUCUUUUCUUGUGGUGUCUUUGCCUUGUUUGGUAUCAGGGAUAUGGUGGCUUCAUAAAAUGAGUUUGGUAGUGUCCCAUCCUUUUCUGUGCUCUGAAAUACCUUUAGUAGUAGUGGUGUUAACUCUUCUCUGAAAGUUUGGUAGAACUCUGCAGUGAAGCCAUCCUGACCAGGGCUCUUUUUUUUUUUUGUUGGGAGUUUUUUGAUUACCUUUUCAAUUUCUUCUUUCGUUAUGGGUGUGUUUAGUUGUUCUACCUCUGUUUGUGUUAGUUUAGGUAGGGAGUGUGUUUCUAGGAAUUCAUCCAUUUCUUCUAGGUUUUCAAAUUUGUUUGAGUAUAGCUUUUCAUAGUAAUCUGAUAUAAUUCUUUUAAUUUCAGUUGGGUCUGUUGUAAUAGCACCCAUCUCAUUUCUUAUUCGGGUUAUUUGCUUCCUCUCCUGUUUUUCUUUUCUCAGUUUGGCCAGCGGUUUAUCAGUUUUGUUGAUUUUUUUCAAAAAACCAGCUUUUGGUCUUGUUAAUUCUUUCAAUUGUUUUUCUGUUUUCUAUUUCAUUUAGUUCAGCUCUAAUUUUUAUUAUUUGUUUUCCUCUGGUGUCUGUGGGUUUCUUUUGUUGCUCUCUUUCUAUUCGUUCAAGUUGUAGGGAUAGUUCUUUGAUUUUGGCCCUUUCUUCUUUUCGGAUGUAUGCAUGUAUUGAUAUAAAUUGGCCUGUGAGCACCGCUUUUGCUGUGUCCCAAAGGUUCUGAUAGGAAGUGUUUUCAUUCUCAUUGAUUCUAUGAAUUUCUUUAUUCCAUCCUCAAUGUCUUCUAUAAUCCAGUCUUUUUUGAGCAGGGUAUUGUUCAGUUUCCAAGUGUUCAAUUUCCUUUCCCUGCUUGUCCUGUUAUUGAUUUCCACUUUUAUGGCCUUAUGGUCAGAAAAGAUGCUUUGUAAUAUUUCAAUGUUUUGGAUUCUGCUAAGGCUAACUUUGUGACCUAAUAUGUGGUCUAUUCUAGAGAAUGUUCCAUGUGCACUAGAAAAGAAAGUAUAGUUGGUUGCCAUUGGGUGGAGUGUCGGUAUGUGUCUACGAGGUCAAGCUGGUUGACUGUGGCAUUUAGAUCUUCCGUGUCUUUAUUGAGCUUCUUUCUGGAUGUCCUGUCCUUCACCGAAAGUGGUGUGUUGAAGUUUUCUACUAUUAUUGUGGAGCUGUCUAUCUCACUUGUCAGUGCUGAUAGAGUUUGUUUUAUGUAUCUUGCAGCCCUGUCACUGGGUGCAUAAAUAUUUAGUAUGGUUAUAUCUUCUUAGUGUAUUCUCCCUUUAAUCAUUAUAUAGUGUCCUUCCUUAUCCUUUCUGAUGGAUUUAACUUUAAAGUCUAUUUUGUCCGAAAUUAAUAUUGCUACUCCUGCUCUUUUUUGAUUGUUGUUUGCUUGAUGUAUAUAUAUUUUUCCAUCCUUUGAGUUUUAGUUUGUUUGUGUUCCUAAGUCUAAGGUGUGUCUGUUGUAGGCAGCAUAUAGACAGAUCUUGUUUUUUAAUCCAUUCUGCCAAUCUCUGUGUCUUUAUUGGUGCAUUUAGUCCACUUACAUUUAGGGUAGUUAUGGAUAGGUAUGAAUUUAGUGCUAUCAUUUUGAUGUCUUUUUUUGUGUAUUGACAGCUUCUUUUUCCCACUUGAUUUUAUGUGCUGAGUAGAUUUUCUUUGUAUAUUGUCCUUUUCCUCACAUUUGUUGUUGAUGAUUUUGUUUCUGCUGAGUCUGUAUUUUUCCUUUGUAUUUUAUUUUGAUGAGUAGGAUAGUUUGUCUCCUUUGUGGUUACCUUAUUAUUUACCCCUAUUUUUCUAAAUUUAAAACUAACUUUUAUAUCUUUGUAUCGCCAUAUCUUCCUCUCCAUAUGGAAGGUGUAUGAUUAUAUUUCUUAGUCCCUUUAUUAUUUUAAUACUGUCUUAUGUAAUAACAUCGCUGUUACCCUGUUUUAGGCUUUUUUUUUUUUUUUUUAAUAGUCUUGCUUUGUUUUUUUUGAUUUCCCUGUCUGGGUUGACUUCUGGUUGCUCUGCCCAGUGUUCUAGUCUUGGGUUGAUACCUGAUAUUAUUGAUUUUCUAACCAAAGAACUCCCUUUAGUAUUUCUUGGAGUUUUGGUUUGGUUUUUACGAAUUCCCUCAACUUGUGUUUAUCUGGAAAUGUCUUAAUUUCACCUUUAUAUUUAAGAGACAGUUUUGAUGGAUAUAUGAUUCUUGGCAGGCAAUUUUUCCUUCAGUUUUUUAAAUAUGUCAUCGCAUUGCCUUCCUGCCUGCAUGGUUUCUGCUGAGUAGUCUGAGCUUAUUCUUAUUGGCUCUCCCUCGUAGGUGACUUUUCGUUUAUCCUUCGCUGUUCUUUUAAUUGUCUCUUUAUCUUUGGUUUUGGCAAGCUUGAUUAUAAUAUGUGUUGGUGACUUUCUUUUAAGAUCUACCUUAUGUGGAGUUCGAUGAGCAUCUUAAUUAGGUAUCUUCUUGUCUUUCACAAUAUCAGGGAAGUUUUCUGCCAGCAAAUCUUUAACAAUUUUCUCUGUAUUUUCUGUUAUCCCUCUCUGUUCUGGUACUCCAAUCAAUCAUAGGUUAUUUCUCUUGAUAGAGUCUGACAUGAUUCUUAAGGUUUCUUCAUUUUUUUAAAUUCUUUUAUCUGAUUUUUCUUCAAAUAUAUUAGUGCCAAGUGAUUUAUCUUCGAGUCCAGAAAUUCUAGCUUCUACUUGCUCAAUUCUGCUCUUCGGACUUUCUGUUGAGUUAUCUAAUUCUGUAAUUUUAUUGUUAAUCUUCUGAAUUUCUGAUUGCUGUCUGUCUGUGGAUUUUUCCAGCUUAUUAAACUUUUCAUUACGUUCCUGAAUAAUCUUUCUAAUUUCUUCAGUUGCUUUAUCUGUGUUCCUUGCUUGUUCUGCUUAUUGCCUCAUUUCCUUCCUGAUGUCUUGAAGGGUUCUGUAUAUUAAACUUUUGUAUUCUGCAUCUGGUAAUUCCGGGAAUGCACUUUCAUCUAGAAGAUCCCUGGAUUCUUUGUUUUGAGAGCCUGUUGGGGUGAUCAUGAUCUGUUUCUUCAUGUGACUUGAUAUUGACUGUUGUCUCCGAGCCAUGUAUAAGUUAUUGUAUUAGUUUAUGCUUGCAUACUGUGUCGUAGCUGCUUGCUUUGUUUUGUUUUGGUAUACCCCUAUGGGUUGCUUGAGUAAGCUAGCUUGAUUAGUUUUGCCUUUGGAGCUCUGGUGUCCUGUCCCCAGCUGGCUAGAGCUGUUAUCAGGUAUAUCAGUCUAGGAGUCCAUUCAGUUUUCUUGUAUGAAUUGAGCUCAGGUUUCCAGGUAGCUGAUAUCAAGUGUGUGGUACGGGCUCUGUCCUAGAGUCUUAGAGGGGCAGGGAUGAUUGGUGUACGUACCGGUAUCUGAUUACAGCAUGGGGUCAUGCUUUGAACAAGGCAGGGGGCUGAAAACUGACCCCCAAGUGUCUCUGUGGAAAACGCGUCUCUGUUUCCUAGAGCGUGCUGGUGGGUGGGUUCUGCAGAGGGACCGUGGGCACCCAAAGUUUUUGGUUGUAAGGACUGGGAGGUACCAGUUAUCUUUAGACCCCUGUCACAGGUGGGUGGGUAACCUGAGUGGAGCUACCAGUCCUUAGGUCCCUGAUGUGGGUAGGUGAGGACCUUGUUUAAUAGGCAAAGCAAUGUCAAACGUCAAACACCCACCUUUCCACCACACAGCUGAAGUGGUUGGAGUUUGCCAACAAGGGCCUAUUCUCCUGAAAUAGGCCUACACAGGUCCAUGCAGAAGGGAAAGUUGUUCAAGGUCCACGGACAGUUUAUGCCUGGAUAGGAGCCGCUUCUGUCCUGAGCUCCCCCAGUUAAUGGAGCUAGCAAAUUAUCUUUUCCCCCCAGUUUCAAAUUUUUUCUUCCCUAAGGCCGGAAGGAUGCCUCUAGGUGCUCAGCAGGGUCUAUCUCAGGCCCAGGGAUUCAGCCGCUGAAGCCAGCUUGGGGGUGGGGGGGAUGCGAUAAAAUAUAUUCAAGUACUUAGCUUUUGCCAAGAGCACGGUGGUCUCCUUAGUUUCCGGAGGUGUGAGUGGGCUGCGUGGCUGGCUGCUUCUCCCUGAGGAAACUGCGGCUGAACGCUAGUAGUAGCCCGCCGCCACCACCACCAUCUCUCUGGGAAUGGUGCCUGAGGGCUCCCCGGGAUUCAGGACCAGUAACUCCUAUCUGCUUCUGAUCAGUGUCUUCCUUCCCCGACCCUCAGUUCAUUGUCUAAGCUUGCCUUUGAUGUGCAGGGCUCCCAGCUUGUCACAAAUAUACUUGUUUCACUUGUUUUUUCGGGUCUUCGUUGUAAAAAGGGCUUGACGGAAGCGUCUGUCUAUUCCAUCAUCUUGGCUCCGCCUACCUCAAUCCACAGAGCUUUGAUAGUCCAUUUUUUCCUGCAUAUUGGAAAGAGACUUUGUAGCAGUUCAGUUUAAAAAAAAACAAAAAAAAAAACAGAAUCCUGAUUCAGAUGUAAAUGAAUCAUUUUCAAUUUGACGUAUUAAA